AUGUCUAUUACAGCGCGAUAUACUCGCUACUUUAUCUUGGCCCUUGUGGGACUCACAUUAUUCUUCCUCGUCUCCCGAUCAUCUCUUGAAAUCCCAACUAGCUCCUCAUUUGCCCCACCUCGUCCCACCUACGACGAAGUCAAGGCAGAUAAAACGCAAUCUCAGCAAACGGAAAGCAGUGGAGGAGAAUCCAAACAACGAGUGAACGCCACCUUUGUUACCCUCGCCCGCAACAACGACAUCUGGGAUAUCGCCAAGUCUAUCCGUAGCGUCGAGGAUCGAUUCAACCGCGACUAUCACUAUGACUGGGUCUUCUUGAACGAUAAGGAUUUUGAUGACGAAUUCAAGAAGUUAACAACCGCACUGGUGUCCGGCACCACCCACUACGGCCGUAUUCCCAAGGAGCACUGGUCGUAUCCCGAAUGGAUUGAUGAGGACAAAGCGCGCGAAGCGCGCCUAGAGAUGGGUCGCAAGAAGAUCAUUUACGGAGACUCUGAGAGCUACCGACACAUGUGCCGCUACGAGUCUGGUUUCUUUUUCCGUCACCCUCUGAUGCUCAACUACGAGUACUACUGGCGCGUGGAGCCCAGCAUUGAGCUCUUCUGUGAUGUCCCUGGUGAUCCAUUCCGCUUCAUGAAGGAGAACAACAAGAAGUACAGCUUCGUUAUCAGUCUGUAUGAGUACAUUGAAACUAUUCCUACUCUGUGGGACAGUGUGAAGGGCUUCAUGAAGAGCCACCCAGAGCACAUCGCUGAAGGAAACGCCAUCGAUUUCAUCAGUGAGGAUGGUGGUGAAACAUACAACAAGUGCCACUUUUGGUCUAACUUUGAGAUUGGCAGCCUGGAAUGGCUACGAUCUGACCAAUAUAUGGACUACUUUAACACCUUGGACCAUGAUGGUGGAUUUUUCUACGAGCGUUGGGGUGACGCGCCCGUCCACUCAAUUGCCGCCUCUCUGAUGCUCAAGUCAGAAGAGAUCCACUUUUGGAACGAGAUUGCCUAUUACCACGUCCCCUUCACACAUUGCCCCAGCAGUGAACAGACGAGGCUGGACCUUCGCUGUCACUGCAAGCCCAGCGAGAAUUUCGACUGGGCAGGCUAUUCCUGCACAAAACGCUGGUUCGAUGUCAAUAAAUUGCAGAAGCCAGAUGGCUGGGAUAUUGAGCAAUGA